AUGGACGUCCCCCAAGUUGAUGAUGUAGUAAAUAUAAUGUGUGAAGAUGGAGUUGGUGAUACGGAGACAGUUGAUUAUGGAGAUGUUGUGGAACUAACGGAGGAUGAUAUUUUAAGGAAGGUUUUUCGCAGCAAAGAUGAUGCUUACGAGUUUUAUAAGAAAUUAGGAAAAUUUUAUGGAUUUGGAAUUAGAAGGGGAGACAUGUUCAAGGAUGAGGAGGGUAAUUUGGUUCGGAGAAGAUUUUUUUGCAAUAGAGAAGGACAGAGAGAUAAGAAACAUUAUAACAGGGUCGAUAGAAAGAGGCCGCACAAGCCGAAGACAAGGACGAAUUGUGAAGUGAGGAUGUGUGUGUAUCUAGAUAAGGAAAGGUCGCUGUGGAGGGUGAAGAAAGUCAUUUUGAACCACAACCAUGAGAUGACGCAUCACGAAAUGGUUCAUCUAAUUCCAAGUUUUCGUUACAUGACGGAUGCUACGAAAGCACAAAUAGAGGGAUUUCAAGGAUGUGGAAUCUCAACAUCGAAGACAAUGCGGUAUAUGGCAGGCAUAUCUGGAGGGUAUUCACUUGUAGGGUUUUUGAAGAAGGACGCCUACAACUACGUUGAUAAGAGACGUUGUGCAAGGAUAGCUGAUGGAGACGCGAACGCAGCCAUAGUGUACUUGGAGGGUAAAGUUGAUGCAGACCCGACUUCGAUGGCAAGGUAUAAUGUGACGGAGAAUGAAAUGCUAGCCAAUUUAUUCUGGGCGGAUGGUGGCAACAGGAUAGAUUACCAAUAUUUUGGAGACGUAUUGGAAUUCGACUCAACUUACAGGAAAAACAAAUACAAGAGGCCAUUGGUGAUUUUCUUAGGGUGCAAUAACCACAAGCAAACAUGUAUUUUUGGGUUUGGUUUGGUAUUAGAUGAGAGUAUUGCUUCAUAUACAUGGCUUUUGGAGAAUUUCUUGGAGGUCAUGUGUAACAGGCAGCCGUCUGUUGUUGUUACGGAUGGCGAUGAUUCUAUUCGAGAAGCUGUACGAGUAGUUUUUCCGAAUGCAACGCAUAGGUUAUGUGCUUGGCACUUUGAGAAGAAUGUGACGUCAAAUGUGAAGGAUGAGAAUUUGCGUCAGCUAUUUAAUAGGUGGAUUUAUGCCGAUAUGACGGUUGAAGACUUUGAAGCGGAGUGGGUCCAGGCUGAAGCUAAUUAUUGCUUGAAGGGUGCAGUGUGGUGGAACCAAGUGUAUGGAAAGGAGAUGUGGGCAAACACUUUCUUGUGUGAGAAAUUUUGUGCUGGGUAUCGGACAACUUCACGGUGCGAAGGGAUAAAUUCUGUGUGCAAGAAUUUCCUUGAAUCGAAACAUAGUAUGUUGGAUCUUGUGCAGAAUCUGGAACUUCUUGUGCGUGAGUAUAGGAAUAAUGAAUUGAUGGCACAGUUCAGGUCCAUUUAUAGUGUGCCGGUUAUGACGACCUCGUUGGAGUCCCUUGAGCAUCAUGCGGCUUCUAUUUACACAAGAGCGAUAUUUGGAGAUGUAAAAAAGGAGAUUGAGAGUGUAGCUUCAGUUAACUUUGUACGUGUGAAGAGGUCGUUGACCACCAAGGUUUACACAGUUGAGGAGUAUGGUCGUCCUGGCCUUAAUAUCAUGGUUUUAUGUGAUAAGAAUAUGGGAAAAUUGGAAUGUCGUUGUAAGUUUUGGAGAAUUCAGGGGUAUCCAUGCAAACAUAUGUUUUUUGUAAUGAAGCAUGAACACUUGUUGGCAAUACCUGGUAGCCUAGUGUUGAAGCGUUGGACAAAAGAAGCAAAAGCAUUGGAGGCAUACGUUGAGAAAACUGAUGAUAAUUGCGAUAGAGGCUUCUUGCUUCGCCAUGGAGCACUUCAUUCAGCAUCACGUUGGUUGUUCUUUUUAGGUGCUCAGAAGAUUAGUUUAUUCACUGUUGCUUUGGAUGGGAUUCGUAGCCUUUGUGCAACCUUGGAAUCAGAAUUUCUCAACGGUGUCGAUGCAACGAAUUCAAAUGCAUGCGGUGAACUUCGAGAUCCUAUAGUCGUGAGAACAAAGGGAGCACCAAAGCGUCAAAAGAGGAAGGCGUCUAAGAGAAAGUGUGCCACGUGCAACAAGCCGGGGCACACUAAAAGAACUUGCAGAGAGGGAAGACCUCGUAAGGGGAAAAGGCCUCGACAAGAUGAGUUGCAUUCGGAUCUAUCUAAAGCAGUACAACGUGAUGAGUGUGCUAAUCUGGACGUCAUUGGAUCGGAUGACCAAAGGAUUGUGGAAGAAGAAGGGUUCGCAGGUAGGUCUGUUGGAAUGUCCCGGGUAGAUUCCAUGACGACUGUAGCGUUCGGCAAACAUUAUGGGCAGAAUUCGUUCAGUACUGAGGAUGUUGUUGGUCCAUGUCAACAGUUACUUUUAAUAUUGGUUGAUAUGAACUACAGCUACGGGUAUGAUGUUGUCGCGUUGCUUUUUCCUGUGAUGUGA